AUGUUCGAAGAAGAACAAUUUAUGAAUACCACCGAGUAGAGUUACAAAUGUCAAAAAUUACCAACAUUUCAGCUGUGGAGAUGACCCCAUUACCUACGUGCCUCCAGUUCAAUGGUUGUGGCCCCUGUGUAUCCUCCCAGAUUGGCUUCAACUGCAGUUGGUGUAGUAAACUUCAAAGAUGUUCCAGUGGCUUUGAUCGUCAUCGCCAGGACUGGGUGGACAGUGGAUGCCCUGAAGAGUCAAAAGAGAAGAUGUGUGAGACUGUGGAGCCAGUGGAAAGUUCUUCUCAGACCACCACAACCAUGCAAGCAACUACUGUACUAUUUAGGUUCUUAACAACCACCAGAAGAGCAGCAACAUCCCAGCUGCCCACCAGCCUGCCCACAGAAGAUGAUACCAAGAUAGCACUGCAUCUAAAAGAUAAUGGAGCCUCCACAGAUGACAGUGCAGCCGAGAAGAAAGGGGGAACCCUGCAUGCUGGCCUCAUUGUUGGAAUCCUCAUCCUGGUCCUCAUUAUAGCAGCAGCCAUUCUUGUGACAGUCUACAUGUAUCACCACCCAACAUCAGCAGCCAGCAUCUUCUUUAUUGAGAGACGCCCAAGCAGAUGGCCUGCGAUGAAGUUUCGAAGAGGUUCUGGCCACCCAGCCUAUGCUGAAGUUGAACCAGUGGGAGAGAAGGAAGGUUUUAUUGUAUCAGAGCAGUGCUAAGAUUUCUAGGACAGAACAGCACCAGUGCUGGCUUACAGGUGUUAAGACUAAAACUUUUCCUAUACCAUUAAGACAAAAAACAAACAAACACACACAUACACACACACACAGGGAGCCCUAAGCUGCUGUAGCCUGAAGGAAACAAGAUUUUUGGACAAGCCCAGCCCAGGAAGGGUAAGAGAAAAACUAAAACGUAUACAAGCCACCAUUUACCACUGAACAUAGAAUUCCUUUGAGGAUGGCAACUAUAGUUCACCCAGAACAUCUCGUGUGGACGUCCCAGAAUUAUGACAAGAUCACAGUGCCAUCGGCUUAGGUGCAGGGUUGCAAAGGGAUCGAGAACAAAAACACUAAUAACAAAGCUUUAGUUCACAAAGGAUCUACACCUUUGGUUCAUAUACUCUUCUCUGAUGUCUCAAAGAUAACUGUGUUCCAAAGCCGGAACCCUUCCACCCAAAAGAGCAAUGAUGAAUGUCAAGAUUGCUGAGAAAAAUAGCUCACGCAGGAACAAACACAAACACAAAAUAAGAAAUUUUCUAUCUUUUCAUCAGAUGUGUGGCCAAAGGAUUGUGUUUUUUCUGGUCUGCAUCCACCUGUUCCAACAGGUUCAUAACUUUAUAGGAUGGACCUUUUAUCUGCACAGGAGGUUUAAACUAUGCUUCCCCCUUCCUUGUUAAUGAAUGCCCUUUUAUGAGCUGUGAUAGAAUGUCCAACCUGUUAGCUAAGGAUUAGGAAAGAGGGAGUAGCAAAUGAGGCUUUCUAUUCUCGCUCCUCAGAAUAAAACUUGAUUUGCUUUACGAAGCAUUGCCUCCAUUUCCCAACUGUGAAGUCCUAUGAAGCCACAGUUGCUCUUGGCUGAAGGAAACAAAAGGAUGAGUAGUUCCUUAAUCACUUUUUAAACAAAAAUGUUAAGGGAUUCUUAGUAUAUGGGUAUUUUUUGCUUUUUGCCGUUUCAGUACUAAAGGCCCAUUUCAUUGUCGAUUCCCUUCUAAGAAGCCAUUCAAGUCAGCAUAUCCCUGGUGAUAAAAGAAUGAAAGAACCCUGCUGAAUCAUACAGUAAUUUUCUUUAAAGCACAUAGUAGUUACAUAAAUAUAUAUAAAUAUAUUUUUCUUUAUAACUAACACAAGGCAGGCUCUUGUGACUCUAAGAGUGCAUUUUUGUCAUCAAGACAAAACAAAUGCAAGGUGCAUUACUGCAUACUUCCAUAGAGUUGUAAAAUAAUCCUUAAUAUUAGAAUAUUUUUAUGUCACUUAGCAAAAGUGGUUCAAUUGGUUGCAAUGCCAAUCAUUGUCCUGCCUAUUUGAGCCACCCUUUCAUUCAUAUCGACUCCUUCCCUCCCUGGCUAAAUAAACCAGAUGCCCAACACUCCUUAAAUGGAGCUGUCAUUUGCCCUGUAAAGAAAAUCCAGAUCUUGAAAUUUCCCCCUGAACGAAGAUAGAAAAGGCAUCCUUUUGAGGAGAAAAGUGGCUAAUAUCUAAAUACUGAGCUCCUAAAGUUUAAAUUAAGGUACUGUGUGUACAACUUCAUCACAUGACCCAUGAAACUUACAUCCUGUGCCAAGAAGCUGUUGGUUUUGAUAGGGUACGAUGUCUACCAUUUGCAGAUUCUGGUAUCAAGAAGCAGAGAUCUCUUAAACAGCACUUCACUAGCAGCUUGACGUCUUGUACACAGUGUCUACAUUGAAUGACAGCAGCUCACUAACAGUAUCAUAUUUAUGUACACAACUGUCUCAUGUAAACUAGUGCCAUUUUCCAUCCCAUGCAGUUUGUUUUACAUUUUUUAGUACCUGUUGAGGGUGGUAAUUUUUUUCCUAAGUACUUAGUUAAUAAUUGCAAAAAAAAAUUGACAGACAAGGUGACUGAAGGAUGUGAUGACAAUCUCUCUGCGUAGCUUCGUUCAGUUUAUAUGAACUAUCCCAACUUAUUUUUUUGUGGAGUAGGCUUGAUCAGAUAGCGAUAACCAAAUGACUUGCCAAUGUAACUGGUGCAACUGGUAUUCUACAAAGACAUAAGGGACACUUAGACGAUUCCUUUUAGGAUAAGAUGAUGCUUCUUUCACUAGCUUUUGUGGUACGCGUGGCUUCUCACAGCAGUUGAUUGACAGUUAUAUAAACCCUGCCUAUAUAUCCAACUUCUUACACAACUCUUUGCAAUAGUAAUGUUAUCUUUAUACUCUCCCAUCUUCCUUUUUAAAAAAUAUAUAUUUUAUUGAUUUUUUACAGAGAGCAAGGGAGAAGGAUAGAGAGAAACAUCGAUGAGAGAGAAACAUCGAUCAGCUGCCUCCUGCACACCCCCAACUGGGGAUGUACCCGCAACCAAGGUACAUGCCCUUGACCGGAAUCGAACCUGGGACCUUUCAGUCCGCAGGCCGAUGCUCUAUCCACUGAGCCAAACCGGUUAGGGCUCUUCCAUUUUUUAUUCAAGAGAAUCGGCCAUUCUGUAGAAAAACAUAAAACCCUCUGAAUUGUUCAGUGAACUAAAGCACCAAGUGAUAGAUACAACUUUUUGGAAGGAAAAAGGCUGCUGAAGUAUGGGAAAGCUUCCUAACAGAACAGAGACUUAAAGGUGGUGAGAUGUUUCUGUUGUGCAAGAAUCCUUUAGUGGUAAGGGGAAAGGCUGGCUGAAUCCCUUUUUUUCAUGAAAUUUUCAAUCUAUUUUAUAUGUCUCUGUUUCCUUCUUGGUGACCAUUUAUUGAAACAGAAGAGCAGACAUACACAAAGUUUCGGGAAAUUCAGAAUAGAUGCUGAUACUUUGAACUGUACAUAUAUAAUAUAUUAAAAAGGACAAGUCUGUACACUGCUUAAUAAACUAUGAGCAUAGAGAGAGAAUCACAAUUUUAAAAAUUAAAAGUAGCAAAGGAAAACAUGCAAACUUCUGCAGAAAUCAAGUGAAUGGUACUAUACAGGGAGUUAGUUAUUCAUCUUCAUUAUUUGCAAAAAUAAUAUUCAAUGAUUAGAUAAAAGUACUAAAAGUCAAGAAAAAUACUUUAAGUCAACCAGAUAGCAGUGACCACAAUGUUGGUUUGUUUAUAAAGGGUGUAGACUUCCAGAUAUAUUAACAAAUGGAAAACUAAAGAUACAUGAUAACCUACAAUUUGCCCCAGUUAUUAUUUUAGUUCAAGAUACCUAGGGCAUUUGUUAAUCUGUCACAUGUAGCUUCUAGAGCUGGCUGUCCAAUCUUAUAUUCCCUAGACAAAUGUGGUGAUUUGAAUGUAAAUUAAUUAACAUUAAAUAAAAAUUCAUUUCUUCACUCACACUAGUCACAUUCAAGUGCUCAAUAGCCACAUGUGGCUUGUGGCUACCAUGUUGGACAAUACAGAAUCUCCCUGUCGUCACAGAAAUUCUAUUAUGUGGUGCUAUAGGGAUCUUUCCUUCCAGCCCCUCCCUUGAGGAAAAAGGAGGAGGAUAAAGAAGAUUUGGUAGUUCUUAGCUAAACUAAGCAUUUUUAUUUCAGAGAGGCAUGAUGGAAAAAUGAAAAAAAAACAGCUGAUACAACUUUGAGUGUCCACUAUGUUAUUUUGGCAAAAUCACUUUAAUCUCCAUGAGUCAGAGUUUGCAAUUUGGGAAAAUAAAAAUAUAUGCAUCCUAUCUUUCCUGCAAGAUGAUUAUUAUGCAGAUUGACUAAAUGUACAGACUUUUAAAACCAUAUGUCAAUGCCACUCAAAUAAAGCACAGCUCUUGGUUCAGUACCAGCACACAUUUGCAUUCAGGAAAAAAAGUUCAUCAAUACACAAAGCAUUCAAAGACAAUCAGAUCAAUACAUUUCUUGAAAAACUGCCAAAGGAGAAUACUUUCAAAGCAGACACAAAUUACUUAAGUUUCUCUUUGCCCAUCUUAAUAUUUUCUCUUACUAAUUCCUCUACAUGACUUCUCUCCCAACCAUCUGUCCUCUCCCACACCAAAGGCCUCUAUGUUCAUACUUCAACUGGCUCACUUCUUUAUUAAGUAGAGUCAUUAGCAUUUCUAGCUUCUUCUAAUUUCCCAGUUUAUUCUUCACAGCAAAGGGAGGCUUAGGAGCCGACCAGCAGGCUUCCCUUUAGAAGGAAAUACCUCAAACGCAAAUAACUUUAAAUAUUUUUUAUCCCUGUAACACAAAUGUAAGGGGCUGUCACAUUAAAAUAUAAAUAUGUGGAACUUAAUUUUAAUUGUAAAAAUUUGCAAAUGAAGACUAUAUAUUGCAUAAAAGGAAUAAAAUUAAUUUAAAUUAUGCUAAUAUGCAGAUAAUACAUUUUCUCAGAUGAGUAUAAUUUAUUAAACUGUUGGCAAAAAAAAAAUUCUUCUUAUUUUCUCAUUCUGAAGAAGUAUAAAUUUGGUGAUGCUCCUAGGACUUAUUGCAUAUUUGAGAAAAAGUUUUGCUAUAAGCUAUGUUAUGGUUCAAGACACAUCCAUUCCACGAUAAGAAAUGAAUAUUUAAAUAAGAUUAACUGAAAAAUAUAUCCUGUGGUUAUGGUUUCUUGCUCCUGUAAAAUGUUAUUUUGCUUUGUAUUUCUUCAGACAUUUUUCAGAUAUUUUAUUACUUUAUGUGCUUUACUAAUUUCAAAUGAUUGCUCUUGCUUUUUCUUUCUCAUCCCUGCCCCCACUCUUGGCAUCAGCAUCUGUAUGCCAGAAUCAUGGGAGGUCAUCUAAUUCAACUUUUUCAUUUCACAGAUAAGAAAAUUGAGUCCAAGAGAGAAAAGUAAUUUUCACAUUGUCAUAACUAGGUCUUGAACUUGAAACUCCUGUCAGGUUAUUUUUGUUCAAGUUCUCCUUGUCCAUACUCCUUUGUCAGCAUGUAAGGUCAACCAAGCAGUUAAGAAGGCACAGUCCUUCUAAAUUCUAGCUUUAUGUGCUGUAUGACUGUCUACUCUGUCCUGUAGAACAGUGGACCAAUCUUCCUCUAUCAUGUUGCUGCUUUAAGAAUGGCGCCAUUUUAAUAACAACCUGUGGUUUCAAGUUCUAGCUAUUACAAGAUCUUUGUUUGGGUUUUCAGGUUCCUCCCCCCUCCCGACUCCUACCUGUUACUAUCUAAGUUAACAAUACUAUUUCUCUUUUGCCAUUUAAAAUUUUUCUGCCUUUGUUUCAUUUCUUCCCCAAUGUACCUGAAAAUGAAUGAUAUUCAUAGCAGGUUUUCUUAUCCUUCAUAUAAUCACAAUUUUUAUUUGCUUUCUAAACUGUCUGAACUUUUUUUUUGUCCUGAGAAGGUUUUCUGUUUUUUUGUUGUUGUUUUUUUGAGCAAAUAUUAUGAUGUCUGCAGCAUUACCUAUUACAUAUAUACCCAUACUACAAUGUGUUUGUAAAGCACUUUACAUUUUAAAGAGCAUUUUCAUUCAUUCCUUUAUUUGUUUAUUCAUCUAACCACUCAAUCAACUUAAAUAUUUAUUGAAGAUCUUGUGGCAUAUAGUAAUAAAUACAAAUA